AUGGCCGCUCCAAAUAACAUAAUCGAGGAUUUCAGGCUGUGUCACGGUUUUCUGUUUGAUAAGAACAGUUUGCGUCUUGCACAUAAGUGUGUGGUUCAAGCGAAUUCUUGGUCCGGAGAAAAAUCAUUAAAGAAAAGACCCUCUGUACAGCUUAUAAACACACAUAGAAUACAAGAUACUUAUAUAUAUAGAAAUAAUCUUACACUUGAUAACGAGGGCACUCUCUUUAAUCCCCCGAAACCAUUUUCUCGUUAUAAAGAAAACAAUCCUUUGUACGAUAAGACGCCCGAUGAGGCGGUUAUUUUCCGAUUAGACAAAGAAUUAUGGAAUAUCAAUCUUAAGGAUGUCAAACCGACCGAUGAAUUCGUUGCAGCAAUAAAGCAAGCGAUUGAACAUAAUCCAACGCAUACGAAAUUGGAUGAUGUAUUCUCUGAAUACGGAUAUUGGUUGAAUUGCAAAAUUAAAGUGGGAUGCAGGCUACAGCGCUUUUCUCAAUUCUACCCCUUCGAACCUGGACAAGACCAUCAUCCCAAGGGUGUUGAUGUUGAAUCAUAUCAGACAGAAUGGAUAGAUGGAGGAAAUAUUCUAUACGACGAAAUCCGCGAUGAAUGGUCGAAGAAAAUACAUCCAUUUGAGAGCGACUACUUACUUUCAGCUGACAAUUCCGUAAUAGAAAUCGGGGAAAUCAGCGAAUGGUUAGAAUACAGUCCGAGAACGUCUAGCCAGUGGAGCAUAAUUGAAAGAGCUGACUUUGUUCCAACUUAUAAAUUGCUGGAUGAAGCUUUGAUUGCCAAGGUCGAAAUGUUAUUCAGCGAUAAAAUUGAAGUACUGAUGACUGGAGAAUCACCAAUAGAUUAUCAGUGUACUGAUCUUUGUCAAGUCAAUUUCGAACAACCGUUAUUGAGCAAUGCAUAUACAGUUAAGGGAAAAGUCUACAAUAAUGGGAAAAGAUGUGAUGUAGCUGUAAGAUUAUAUUAUGCCAGUACUUAUGGAUUUUCUUUCGAAAUUACCUGGAAUGAAUCCCCCGAAGAAGCAGAAGGUAUUUAUGUCAAAUGGAAGUUGUCAGGCAAUCGUGCAAGGAUUGGAUACUUUGGCCAAUUGAAAGUUGAGACUUUUGAAAACCAAAUGCUGAACAGAAAAUCAUACAUUGAAGUAGACGUACCUCAUCAUAGCCAAUCAGACGAAAAUUCUGCCAAG